UCCUCUCCAAACAACCACCACCAUAACAAGCGGCUCCAUCCAAACCACUCGCAGCCAUGGCGCGAGGCACCCCCGUACCGUCGAAGGCCGAUCAAUUUGCCGGCGAGUGGUGGUCCAAGUCAUCGGCCAAGCUGCCGUCACAGCUGUUCAAGCAGGCUACUAUGCUGGAGGUGACGGUGGUAUCUGCCAAGGAACUCGCCAUCGGCGAGUUCCGCCGCCGCCUGCUCGACUGCCCGGCCUACGCGGCGGUGCAUGCCGACAGCUCCGCCGCGCGCACGGGCGUCAGCAGCGAGAAGGGCGCCUACAACGGGUAUCGCUACUGGGGCGAGCCGGUGAUCGUGACGGUGCCGGCUGAAUGCGCGGCCAUCUACCUGGAGAUUUACUGCCAGAAGCACGACGAGCCCGUGGCGGCGACGCGCGUGCCCGUAGGCGACUUCAACGCUCUCCCACCGGGCGAACUUCAUUGUCUCAGCUACCGGUUGUUCGACACAGGGCCGGCGGCGGGCAGCCGUAACGGCGUCGUCAACAUCACCGUCAAAAGGCUUGAUGGCGCCUAGCGGGAAGGGCGCGUGGAGGAUGCCACAAGGGCUCCGCGGUCCGUACCGUAUGUGUUGGUGUGUGCAUGUUUGCUUACAUUCUGCUUGAGUACUGUACUACUCCCUUCGUUUUUAAAUAUAAGAUCUUUUAGAGAUUA